AUGGCUGAAUCAACAUCACCAUCAAUAUCUCGUUCACCACAUAAACUUCUUGAAUAUACAUCAUGUAUUAAUACAACUGUAUCAUCAUCAACAACAAUAUCAACAUGUGGAAAUAUAAAUGCUCAUUCAAGUUUUGAUUUAAUUAGUCAACCACGUGAUUGUGAUACUUUAGUAAAUAGAUGUGAAAAUAAUCAUCGAAUACUUGAACGUGAUCUACGUCGAUUAGAUAUUAAUCCUACUAAAUAUAAUUUGGAAUUAUAUAAUAAAAAAUUAGAUAGAACGCCAUCAAUAUCAUUGCCAUCAACACCUAUUGAACAUUUAUCUACAAAAUUUCAUCCUCGAUAUCAACCAUUAUCAUUAACUCAAACAAUUAAAAAUGAUUUUGAUGAUGACGAGGAUGAUAAUGACGACGAUAAUGAUGAUGAUGAUGAUGAUGAGUUACCACAUUUUCGUUUACCAUCUCCAAGAGAUUAUGUGGUAAAUAUGCCUGGACAAAUGACAACUGAAUCAAUCUCAAAUUCAAAAAGUACUUUACAAUCGAUAUCAUCUUCAUCAUCUUCAUCACCAUCAGAAUCAAACAUUCCAAUUUUAUAUGGUGUUGAUUGGACAGAUCGAGCAUCUUCUACGUCACAUUGUUGGUUUCCAUAUCAUCAAAAUGACCCUGCAUCAUCGCCAGCAUGUGCGUUUUUUUUCUUGUAA